UGAACCCUCCUACCGGCAGCCGGUGGGGCUGGCUUAUAUGCGGAAGUUUCAGUUCGCUCAAUCCAGUUCACUUCGAAACUGAGAACAGACGGACUAAAGUCACGCUUCUCUCUCUCUCAACACCAGACCCGGUUUCACAAGGCAAGGUGAAUCAUGAGCAGCAGCUACAGUGUCUCCCUGGCUGGCCCUGCCCCCUGGGGCUUCAGACUGCAAGGAGGGAAGGACUUCUGUUUGCCCCUCACCAUCUCACGGCUCACUGAUGGAGGCAAGGCAGCCAAAGCCAAGAUGAGUGUUGGAGACAUCAUUCUGUCCAUUGAUGGCAUUUCCACAGGCAGCAUGAAUCACCUAGAGGCCCAGAACAAGAUUAAGGCCUGCACAGGCCAUCUCAGCCUCACUCUACAGAGACCCUCCAGUGCCCCUAAAGAUGUAGUGCCUAAGGACGAACCUCAAGAAAUCAUUAAGCCUGUCCCAAUCACUCACCCUGCCCCAAGCACCACAUACACCAAGCCAUCAAGUCAGCCCAGUCCUGCAUACAACAAGACAGCCCGACCUUUUGGUGGAAACAGCAGUGUGGUCACAGCUUCUUCCUCCCAGGCUACCCCCAAAGUAGCCUCCAUUCCCUCCGAAUUAUCUGCUUUCACGCCAGCUGCCCCUUCUCAACCACCACAGCCUCCAUUUCCGCUGAAGUCAAGCCCCGCUAUCCCACACUCAGCUCCAGCCAACUCGCUUCCCAGGCCCAACCCUGGUCGCUCCGCCUUCACCUCCCCGUCUGCCUCUUCCUCCUCAUCUAACUCCUCCUCUCCAGCCAGAGUGACAACCCCCUCCUCCAAUCCUAAUGUCCCACAGCCUUCUGUUUAUAACACACCUAUCAACCUCUACUCCAAUACCAAUGCUUGUGAGGUGGCUAUGGGACAGAGACGAGGCCUUUUGGAGAGCCAGGGGCUAUCAGAGCACUUCAAUGGGAAACCAGUUGAGGAGCCCGAGAGUCAUGCGUCCCCACUGAGCGAAGCCAGCAAGAAGCGUCUGAUUGAGGACACUGAGGACUGGCACCCGCGAACCGGCACCUCCCAGUCCCGCUCCUUCCGUAUCCUGGCCCAGCUCACCGGCACUGAAAAUGAGCAAGUUCCAGAGAACAGUGGAAAGAAUGAGGCAGUUGUCAAAACCAUUCCCACUGUGCACACCUUGCCUGCAGCAAAAACAUAUUCCAAAUCUGCAGCAGUACCCAGGAAUGGCAACGUCGUCCCUGCUUCCGCGUUCAAGAGCCCAGCAGCCCAGAACAAGCCUCCCCACCAGCCUGGAGGUCCAUCAGGUUUUCCUAAGGGUGGAGCUGCUCCUUCAUUUGGCAAAGUUGCCAACCCUGCUCCCAAAGGUCCAGACCGCCCCACUCCACAGCCGCAUCCACAGGACCUCAACUCUCUGGUGCAGCGGGCUGAGCAUAUACCAGCCGGUACACGCACCCCAAUGUGCAACAAGUGCAACAAUGUCAUCAGGGGCCCAUUCCUUGUGGCCAUGGGCAUGUCAUGGCACCCCGAGGAAUUCAACUGUGCUCACUGCCACUCCUCCCUGGCAGAACAUGGAUUUGUGGAGGAGAAGGGCCAGGUGUACUGCGAACGUUGCUACGAGCAGUUCUUCGCUCCCACCUGCGCUCGCUGCCACCAGAAGAUUCUGGGGGAGGUCAUGAAUGCCCUGAAACAGACCUGGCAUGUGUCCUGUUUCGUUUGUGCUGCCUGCCAACAUCCAAUCAAAGGCAACAUGUUUCACAUGGAGGAUGGACAGCCAUACUGUGAGCGAGACUACUACAAUCUUUUUGGGACCAACUGCCAUGGCUGUGACUUCCCCAUCGAGGCAGGGGACAAGUUCCUGGAGGCUCUAGGCUUCACCUGGCAUGACACCUGCUUUGUGUGCGCGGUCUGCUCUACUAGUCUGGAAGGUCAGCCGUUCUUCUCCAAAAAAGACAGGGCUUUGUGCAAGAAACAUGCCCACACUGUCAACAUCUGACUUGCAUCCCAUUUAUGAAUAUGAAUGGGAUAGGGCAACAGUGUCAGUUUACAGCAGUUUAUAUUUCAGUCAGAUUUUAAAACUGAUUGUUUGUGUAUUCUGUUAGAAUAACAUUGGGUCAGAGGUUCCACUGUAAGCUUUAUUUCUGCUCUAAUAUUGUUGUCAUAUCAGUUUUAUAGAUGAAAAUGCUGGAGUAAAUUUCAAUACACUGGCUGGGGGCUAUGCCAGUUCAAUAUCUGCACAAGUGGAUUUUUAUAACACGUGUUUUGUGCUGAGCUUUUUGUUUGUGCUGGAAGUGUGUUGAGCUCUUGAGGGACAUUUUUGUUCCACACAGAAUAUGAUAGUUUACUGUAAUGACCUACUGAGUCCCUCAGGGGUCACAUACAGCAUUAGGAAAAAAUAUUUAUGUGGAAAGGUAUGCUAUUAGUGAAGCGAGUGAAAGGUUUAGAAAUUCUGAUUAUAUAAAGUUAAGGGGAAAAAUGAUUUAUUUGUAAGCAAGAAUUGCUCAGUCAACAUGCUUUCUGGCAACAAAACGACUUAUCAUCUGGGCUUCAGAACAAAAAUGGGAUAUUUUAAUAUUAUUAGUUUUUAUUGUUUUAAAGUAACGUGAUAUGUAACCAUUCCCAGUAAAUGAAAGCUCAGAAACGUAAUGUGUACAGCAUUGUGUAAAUUAGACACUUUGCAGGUCAAGUUUAAUUGUUAUUAAUGCAUAAAAAUGUUAUACAAGGAUAAAGUUCAGAAUGGUCCUUACGGAGAGGACUCUAUAAUAGAUUGAGUGGUUAUUUUCUGUUGUUUAUGUAUAUUUUGUAAUGCAUAUAGUUCAUGGGGCAAAAUGGUUCUGUACUUCAUUCAACUAGUUCCUGGCAUUAAGAUGCAAAUAAUCAAUGUCAUUCAAUGUUGAUUAUUUCUCUGCUAAUGUCUUUUUCCGUUGUUUUUCUUAAACAUUGAGGAACUGAACCCUCCAUGCUCUUAUGCCGUGUAUUUGUUCUCACUGAUAAUGUUUUUGUAAUGUUUGAUGGAAUUUGUUCAAUUAACACAAAACAAUGUUAAUAUAUAUUUCAGUUUUCUUUUGUCUUGCACAAUUUCUUAGAAUAGAAAAAAAAAACUAGAAAUCCAUUGCACAUGUACUUGUGCAAUGGAUCUGUCAUAGGGCACCAUACAUAAAUAAGCACCUCUCUUCUUACUUUCAUUUCAAAUAAAAGGGUUCAACAUUGAUGUAUACAAUCAAAGCUCUUGAGUAUCUCCUAUAGCUUUUUAACACUAUAUUAUCUUGUUCUCUGUGGCUGACACUGGACUGAAACAUUAAAAAGCAACUCUUCCUCCUGCAAA